AUGAAAAUAUCAGUUUAUGGGAAGCGAGAACUCUUGCAGACUAUAUAAAUAGUAGCGAAUUUGAAUAUAAUGAUCCUGAUAAGAACAAUAUUUUACUUAAAAACGAUGAUUAUAGUUUUACAACUGAUAAUAUAAGUAAAAUUCUGGUUACACCUUCUACUAAUGAUGACAAUAAUCAUGAAUUCUUAUUCGAUUAUAAGGCAUUUCAAAAUGCUAAAGAAUGA